UUUAGGUUCACCUAUGACUAUCAAAAGAGAUAAGUUUUGAACACGAUCUCAGAAGUCAGACCUCAGUCUAGCAAUAUAGAUGCUGUGAGUGCGCACGUCUAUGCACUUCAUUCUAUUGGUUAAAUCCAAAUAAUUAUUUAUAUUAUUAAAAUUAUUUUUUUACCAUAACAAUGGCUGAGGGACAAAUAAAGAAUCGUGUUUGUAUUGUCGGUUCAGGAAAUUGGGGUUCUGCAAUUGCUAAGAUUGUUGGGCGCAAUGCAGCACGCCUUCCUAAUUUCGAGGACAGGGUUACUAUGUGGGUGUAUGAGGAGAUGAUUGAAGGGAAAAAGCUUACAGAGAUUAUAAACGAAACCCAUGAGAAUGUAAAAUAUUUACCAGGACAUAAGCUACCUGCUAAUGUUGUUGCCGUACCAGAGCUAGUAGAUGCAGCUAAAGAUGCAGACUUAUUAAUAUUUGUUGUUCCUCACCAAUUUGUACGAACCAUAUGCUCUACUUUAUUAGGUAAAAUAAAACCUACAGCAGCUGCACUUUCACUUAUUAAGGGCUUUGACAUUGCGGAGGGCGGUGGCAUUGACUUGAUCUCGCAUAUCAUUACGAGAUGCCUGAAAAUUCCUUGUGCCGUCUUAAUGGGUGCCAACAUUGCUUCAGAGGUCGCCGAAGAGAAAUUCUGCGAGACGACUAUCGGAUGUCGUGAUGUGAUGCUAGCUCCAAUGAUGAGGGACAUCAUACAGACUGAGUAUUUCCGGGUCGUGGUCGUCGACGACGAGGACGCGGUCGAGAUCUGCGGGGCCUUGAAGAAUAUUGUCGCGGUCGGCGCGGGUUUUGUAGAUGGUCUCGGUUUCGGCGACAACACGAAGGCCGCGGUCAUCAGACUGGGUCUCAUGGAGAUGAUCAAGUUCGUGGACGUCUUUUAUCCUGGAAGUAAAUUGAGCACCUUCUUCGAGUCAUGUGGCGUCGCUGAUCUUAUUACCACGUGUUACGGUGGCAGAAAUAGAAGAGUGGCCGAAGCAUUCGUGAAAACUGGUCGUUCCAUCAAAGAGUUGGAAGAUGAGAUGCUAAACGGCCAGAAGCUUCAAGGGCCCAUCACUGCCGAGGAGGUCAACCACAUGCUUGCCAACAAGAACAUGGAAAACAAAUUCCCCCUUUUCACGGCUGUUUUCCGCAUCUGCCGAGGAGAGCUGAAGCCAAGUGACUUUAUCGACUGUAUUCGCAGCCAUCCGGAACACAUGAAGCAAGUGGCGCCCAAAUGCUCUCUGUGAUUCGAGUGAAGUCUCCAUGUUGUUGCCAUCAUCAUGAUCGCAUCGUGUCUGCACUUGCAUUUAUCAUUAAUUGACGUUUUCCAACGGAUAACUAAAGUUUUAAGUUAAAUUAGCUAUAAAAUAUAUUUGCCUUAAGGAAAGUUAUAUUAAUAAAUUGAUUCACUAAUUGCAAUAUUCACAUAUCUCGUAGGUUGGUAAGUUUUAAAUUCAUAUAUUUAUGACAAUCUAUUGAAAGGCAGCUUAAAUGAUUGAUUUGAUUUGUAACAGAUAAAAUAUUAUAAAAACAAUGUGUUGUACUCGUAAUGUAAGUUGGAAAACGUCAGACAUAUCAAUUUAAAUCAGAUGCACAUACUUCAUUUGUACUUUAAUAAUGUAUUUUUAUCGUUUGUUAUAUUUGUUAUUGUUAAUCCGGUUUUAAACUAAUAUGAUUUUUUUUUGUUUUCCAAUUUAAUUCGCUUUAAAAACUUUUAACAUUAUUUAUAUAUAAAGAUGAAGAUAUAAUGAGGUUAGGCUGCAGCUUGAAUAUAGUGGCAGAAAAUUCCAAAUCAUUUGUUAAAAGUAUGGCGAACCUGAAGCGAUCGAAUUAUGAAAAAACAUUUUAUUAAAGCGCUGGUCGUUAAGAAUUUGAUCGAAAUUUGUUAGGCAAAUUAUUGAAUCAAAAUUAUUUGUUACACAGUUAGGUGGUGUCGUUCCAAUGCUUCGAAACUGACACCCUAAAUAGCGGAUUUUUUUAUAGUGUAAUUAAUUUGCUACUCCCCAGUUUGAUAACAACAGCUAAUUGAUUGAUAAUAAUAUACAAUAUAAAUCUAAUUAAAGACAUGAGUGGGUGAAGGUGAUCUGUAACAUUUGUAAAAAAAAAAUCGUGUCGUAAGUUGUGACUAUUCUUCAAUUAUCAAACUAGAUGUCCAGGUAUUCCUAUACAAUUUAGGACUCAUGGCAACGACUGUGACUUUUAAAGGGACGUCAUACUUGUAGGAAACGAAUUAGAAUUUAUUUUCACUAUCUUCGGAUUAAAUAUUGCAAAAGCCAUAUUAACUGCUUGUUAAGUAAGGUCAUUGUCUAGUCUGGGAUACAAUAAAAAUAUUCGGGAAUUUGUAAAUGACUCUUUUAUUUUAAAACCAGUGUGUGUAACUUUAUUUAAGUAAAUAACUAACUACACUUUUUAUCACAAUGUAAAUAACAAUAAGCUAUUUACUAAUGCAAAAUUUACCAAAUUUAGUUAAACACUACUACUAAUCAUAGAAUAUAAGUAGCAUUUAAUAUUAUUAAUAGAAUCUGUGAUAAGGAAUAUUAACAAAAAUAAGAAAUACUUAUGUUCAUUUGCAUUCUUGUUCUUCAAUAUUGAUUGCAUUCCACAUGUGCAGAUUCCAAAUGGUUCCAGCUGUACAUAAAUCGAUCACAAUGGACGUUUUUGGGCACAGCAUAAAUGUUUCGAGAAAUAUUAACAAUAACGAUUUAUAUCACUCAAUCUCAUAAUUUGUUGCCUAGUUUUGAAUUACCAAAACGAUUAAUCCUAAAUUAAUUUGGUGCAUUACCUUGCCUGUUUGAAAAAUUAACCUGUAUGUAUUCUACCAUAUAAAUCAAUGGUUAAAAUAGAAAUUUCAGAAACAUUUUAAUUGCUCUAUAUACCUAUAAUUUAUUCACAUUUCACAUUAAUAAAUAGUUUUUUAUCAAAAAAUCCUUAUUAAUUAUAAUCAUUUUUUCUAAGUAAUUUAUCACAAACAAAACCUUUCCAUGACAAAAAACAUUUUCACGCUUACUUUUCCAGGAUCCGAAUUGUUAGAAAGUCACAUUGCUGUAUUUCAUAAAUUGCCAUAAAGGGUAAGUAACAACGUAGGUCUCUGUUGUAAAACUGUUCUGUUGUUAUUUUCACUUAACAAAUAAUUGUUAAGUAAAAAUAUUCAUAUUCAUUCGCAUAUUUUGCACAAAAAUAACCGUCUAAAAGUAAGUGCUAUACUGAGUUAAUAAUUAUUUUAAAUAUAUAUAACACUAUUUUUCCUAGUUUGAUUUAUUUUAAGCAGAUUAUUAACAUACGUGCAUGUAAGUAAUCAAUUGUAUUGUAUACGCAUGUAACGUCAAAACAUAAUAUUUUUAUGGGUAUGCUAAUUAUUCCAUCUUUGUAGGAACUUAAUUUUUCCAAUAUAUCUUCACAGAGAAAAUCUUAUAAUUCCAAGAAUAAAGCUACGGUUGACUAUUCCUUAUAUAAUUCUAUAACUCCAAACCCGAGGUUUCUUAGUCAUGUCAUAUAGUUUAUAAAUAUAAGAAAUAAAGGAAUAAUAAUUAUUUAAUAAAUACUUAUUUUAUUGCUCGUGUCUAAAGUGAGUCCAGAUUAUUUUUUAAAAAGAAAUUAGUAAAGUUUGAGUUCAACUUAUGUACCACCAACAGCAAGUUAUUAUUAGUAUAUUUAUUUAUGUACUCAUAUAUGCUUUCCUUGCAGGGUAAGAGUCGCCUAGAGACUAAGGUGAUUCCAUGCUGCACAUACCACCU